AUGGAUAUUGGGAAGAAGAGGAAAAAGAAGGACACCAUGUAUUCGGAUAUCGGGCCCAGUGCAAAGAAAAGCUGUCGUCUUAUCCCACCAUCAGAAAUAUCACUGGGACCUUCACCAAGCAACGACUGGAGCGAUACUGACAGCUCAGCAUGUGGAGGUAGUCAAAAUACCAGCACCUCCACUGGUUGUAGUUCUGCCGACCAGCGCGCUGGUACUGAAAUACAGCGAGACAACCAUUGUUGUAAUCCAUCUGUAGCGAUCGAUGAUGCGGACUUCUCUGAAGGAGAAAUAGCGCAAGGCGAGCAAAGAACUCCCAUUGAAGAGUUCAGUGAGCUUCAACCGGUUGAAUCGCAGUGCCUUACCUUUUUACUGGACUAUGAUGCUGAUUUCGCUUGUGACACUUACCCUCAAGCUCCUGAACCGGCGGUCAGUUGCCUCACGAAUGCUGAUGGUGUUGAUUUUGCCGACCCCUUGGAAGAUCUACGUGAUCUCUCGCUGGACUCUUUCGCUAGUUUGUUUAACAGUGGAGAGAACGCGUAUGCUGAGCCAUGGUACGACUUGAAUGGAACAUUCGGCCCUUUUUGA